CCUGCUCCGGUUCCGAUUCCGGUUCUCCAAAACCAGGCUUUCCACCCUUGGCAUCAUAAACCCCAGGACCGGCCCGUUUAGGCCCAAAUACCUGAACUAGUUUUUGUCACAGCAACUCUGCGUCAAUUGGUAAUCAAAGGUAAUGGCAGUGAUUCGACGGAUGUGGCAGUGUCUCUCAUCAAAACCACUGGCCGGAGAGUGCUUCAGGCUUGGCAGAAGCAACCCAUUUCAUCAUACUAGAAUCCCAAUUGCUGGUUCCCGACAUAAACCCAUUUUAAACCCAGGGUGUCCUCAAUCCAAGCCCACGAUUAACGUGAACUUCAUCACGACUAGUAGAGGUUUCAGCUCUCCUACUGCUCGGACUGGGGCGGGUUGGUUAAUGGGGUUGGGCAAUAAGAAGAAGAUUAUAGGUUUGCCAGCUAUCGUUAAAGCUGGUGACCCUGUUCUUCAUGAACCCGCUCGAGAAGUCUCAAUUGAAGAAAUAGGGUCAGAUCGUAUCCAGAAGAUCAUUGAUGAUAUGGUGCAGGUCAUGAGGAAACGACCUGGAGUUGGGCUUGCUGCUCCCCAAAUUGGUAUUCCUUUAAAAAUUAUUGUGUUGGAGGACACUAAAGAAUACAUAGCGCAUGUACCAGAGGAAGAGAACAAGGCACAGGAUAGACGCCCUUUCGAUCUUUUGGUUAUUUUGAACCCAAAGCUUAAAAAGAAGGGCAACAAGUCGGCAUUGUUCUUCGAAGGCUGCUUAAGUGUAGAUGGCUAUAGAGCAAUGGUGGAAAGGUUCUUGGAGGUAGAGGUUAGAGGGUUGGAUCGAGAUGGGAAGCCCUUGAAGGUGGAUGCUUGUGGGUGGCAAGCUCGUAUCUUACAACACGAAUGUGAUCAUCUAGACGGAACUCUGUAUGUUGAUAAGAUGGUGAAACGAACGUUCAGGACCAUAGAUAACUUAGACUUACCUCUUGCUAAUAGUUGCCCGAAGCAGGGUGUCCACUAGCAUGCCGGUUUCAAGAUAAUUUACUAGUCGAGAUUGGUUUAUCAUUUGUGUUCAAUACUUUUCCAUUGAUGUAUGUACUCAUUGUAAUACAACAAAGUAACAGUUUACAUACAACGCAAUUCAUUCAUCUCAAAUUUCAUUCA